AUGAUCACAUGUACCACAGUAGCCGCCGAUAAUCAAAAAUGUAUUUUGGAUAAUCAAGAACUUCGACGUUCUAUUGAAGCUUUUAGAAAUUUGAAGCUUUUAGAAACUUCUAAUCUUAACAAAAAAAGAACAAAAAAACUUCGAACUAGUUACACAUCACCUUUAACUUUAUAA